UAGACUCAGCCAUUUCUCUCGCGAAGCGUAGCAACGCGUUCGAGUUGGCGACGUGUGUUUUUUCAACGGUAGAACGUGCGGGUAUUCCCGGAAGUUUUGCAAAAUAACGCGACGCAAAAGGAUGAUACACUCCGGGCGGACCAGGCUCGAGGGGAGUACAUAUCAAUGGGAAGAAAAUUAUGGAUGGGCUCGUACACGUGAAGAGAAUAUCAGAAAGCAUGACGUCACCGACGAUACAUUGGGAUGUGUUUUAGAAAAAAGUAAUUCGAGUGGGAGUGGGAGUAGGAGGAGGGGGUCAGAUUGGCCAAGGUGUUCAACCGGUCGACGAGUCUGGAACCGGAAGUCAAUGGUGGAGACAGCAGCAUCCAUCCUAUCAUUAUCACCAUUAUCAUCAUCAGGGUGGUUAUUGCACAUCGCAAUCGCAUGCUCACAACAACCCUGUCACUACCAUGAAGCAAUCCUACGUGCAGCUAACGUGGGUAUUUCACGACGACGAGGCGCAGAUUAACAAGAAACUGCCAAAGGAAUUGUUAUUAAGGAUUCUCUCGUAUCUUGAUGUGAUAUCCUUAUGCCGAUGUGCCCAAGUAAGUAAGGCAUGGAACGUAUUAGCCCUCGACGGUUCCAACUGGCAAAGGAUCGACCUAUUCGAUUUUCAACGAGACGUAGAGGAAUCGGUAAUACGUAACAUCUCGAGCCGUUGCGGUGGAUUCCUUAGACAAUUGUCUCUGAGAGGAUGCCAAAGUAUCGAGGACAUAUCCAUGCAAGCAUUAGCCGAAUCUUGUCCCAACAUCGAGGAACUUAAUCUGAGUCAGUGCAAGAAAAUCUCGGAUACAACUUGUGCGGCCCUUAGUACACACUGUCGAAAGCUUCAACGAUUAAAUCUGGAUUCCUGCCCCGAAAUAACAGAUCUUUCGCUGAAAGAUCUCUCUGAUGGUUGUUUAUACCUAACUCACAUCAAUCUGUCGUGGUGCGAGUUACUUACCGACAAUGGAGUCGAAGCUUUAGCAAGGGGCUGUAGAGAAUUGCGUAGUUUUCUAAGCAAGGGCUGUCGUCAGUUGACUGACAGAGGUGUCAAAUGUUUGGCACGGUAUUGUCCAAAUCUCGAAGCCAUCAACCUACAUGAAUGCAGGAAUAUAACCGACGACGCGGUGAGAGAACUAGGUGAACAGUGUUCAAGACUGCAUUACGUUUGUAUAUCGAAUUGUCCUAAUUUAACGGAUUCGUCUCUCGUCACUUUGGCUCAACACUGUCCGCUUCUUAGUAUUCUCGAGUGCGUUGCCUGCACGCGUUUCACGGAUGCAGGCUUUCAAGCUCUCGCGAGAAAUUGCAGACUACUCGAAAAGAUGGACCUCGAAGAGUGCCUUUUAAUAACAGAUGCCACCCUUAUACACCUGGCCAUGGGCUGUCCGAGAUUGGAGAAGCUGAGUCUGUCCCAUUGCGAGCUGAUUACCGACGAAGGGAUUCGGCAGCUUGCUCUUUCACCGUGUGCCGCUGAACACCUAGCGGUAUUAGAGCUGGAUAAUUGCCCUCUCAUCACGGACGCCAGUCUCGAUCAUCUUUUACAGGCCUGCCACAAUCUCGAACGAAUCGAGCUCUACGACUGUCAACUGAUCACUAGAGCUGGCAUACGUAGGCUCAGAGUACAGUGUUACAUUUUUUUUCUUCUUUCGAAUUACUCUCCUUACUAUAUAUAUAUAUACAUAUACAUUAAACGCACACCAUCCACUUGUCGCAAGAUAAAGCUGAUAAAACAUCGUUAACGCUAUUUCAGACACACUUGCCGAAUAUCAAAGUCCACGCAUAUUUUGCACCGGUCACGCCACCUCCUAAUUCGGGAACACCUCGACAACGAUAUUGUCGAUGCUGUGUCAUUCUGUGAUUUAACAUACAAAUGACACUGAAGUAAAUCGUCCGAUCUACCCCACGAAGAAACGUGGACUUUUUGUCGGUGGUCGCUGUCACGUUUAACGGCGAUUAUGGGACCUCUUUUGUGGUUACCAGAACAGGAAUCCUGGUUGCCUACCGUCGACAGUGAGUGUGAGACUCACUGUCAAUUUGUAAAUGACAAUUUCAAACGUUGAAACAAAUUCGAGCUCCACACGCAACGAGAGUACAGUACGUUACCAUCGUCGUCACCACAGUCACUGCUGCAAACUGCAACUACUACUAUUACUAUUAACCGCUACUACUGCUGUUACUCCUAAUCGCUCUUAUCGCUAUUAUUUCGCGUUAUACUCUUGUUUUCUCGAUAGUACCAUGCAUCCCUUCUUAUCGCAUUGUCACGUUGCAGAGACAGUCCGAGAAGGAAAGAAAUCUUUGGGUUUCGUUAAUAACGAAUCUUAUCUAUGACACUAGCCUAUCUUAGUUCGCAAGUUUGUCAUUUUCUAUCGAAAUCUUUCACGUCGUAGAAAUGAUUUUCUGUCUUUUUUUUUUUUUUUUUUUUUCUUUUUCAACUUCGAACAUUGCCACGUUAUAAAGCGAAAUAAACGCUGAACGAAAUGUAGAGUCGUUACAAAAUAACAUACUUUUAAUUUAGUUUACCAUCCGAUUUAAUGGAAACGUACGUCCUGUAGCAGUUUCUUGACGAACACUGCCUCUAAUGCUAUUGAUAUAUAUAAAAAAAAAAACACAAGAAAAGAAAAGAAAAACAAAAAAAAACAAAAAUUACGAGAUAGAAACUCGACUUUGUAAAGUUGUAGAAUUUAGUUCUCUGACGUAGGAUGAGAAAAACCGUCGUGUCUUUGAUGGAAUACGUUUCACCGGUCCAUCCAUGAAACUAUGACGGUACCUACGGGUUUCUUUCCUUUCAAGAGGACGCAUGUCGCGAACUCGACUCUGCGCACAACGUCUUUCAAAAACUCGUUUAAGCGCAAUCGUUUACUUGAUCGAGGAAUACCGGAGUAUCGUCUUUCAAACUUGUACAACUACCAGCGUUAAUGGUAGCGAAUGUUAAGAUGCAUUUUAUAUUGAUUUACGAGCAAACGAUAUAUAUAUAUACACACACACACGUACACACAUAAACAUACAUAUAUAUAUUCCGCUCGCGAGUCGUAAUUUUGAGUCCCAAGCGUACUACUACUUCUCCUCGACGGUCCAGGCAUCUUCAUUAUCUUUUUUUUUUCUAGUUUUUUAAUUGUCUUUUUUUUCUUUUUUUUUUGCUUUCUUUCUUUUUUCCUUCUUUUUUUUUUUUUUUUAAUCUUAUUCAAAUAACUCGUCAUGGACUAGGAGAGCACAGACUGAAAAAAAAAAUACGAAUCAAAGCGUUUAACGCGUCAAACGGAUUAACUUUUGUGUCCAGCUGUCGACGCUGGGUUUUUUGACUUUUUAAGCUUAGGUUACGGAACGAUGACAGUACGAUUAUAAUAUGUACGUUGCGGAUAUGUAUCGAAAUCGAUGGUUUUUGUUUGUACAGACGACUCGAAGUGUCGCCGACGAUCUACAACAAGAAAAUUUUUGCUUUCCUUGAUACUCCGAUGCAAUACCAUUUACGCGAAAUAAUAAUAAUCUCUUCGCAUGUUCGAUAUGGUGAAUUUAAAGAGAAACGAUUAUAUAUAUAAGAAUGUAUGCUACUAAAAUUUAAUUUCGUUUAAAUGUCGUAAAACGUUAUAUUAGAUUCGAAUAUCCGCUCUUAUAAAAGUUCUCAUGACGGAACGUUUGAGCACGAUUCGUUUGAUCGCAGAAUAAAUUUAAACAUGAUCGAGAAAAUUAUUCUCGCAAAGAAAUAUUUUCGCGCGUUCGAUAGCGGCACUCGACGAAAAAUUUUAAUAAAAUACAAUCAAGUGGGUUCGACCACGCGUGCAAUAUUAUUAUUAUUAUUGUUGUUGUUGUUGUUGUUAUUAUAAUUAUUUUUAUUAUUAUUAUUAUAAUUAUGAUUAUUAUUAUUAUUAUUAUCGUUACCAUAUGCACCACUUGAUGAAUUGGUUUCUUUUAUUUUUCUGUUUUUUUUUCUUCCUCUUUUAUAUUGCUUCUCUUAAUUUUAGAACAAAAAAAAAAAAGAAAUAAUAGAGAAGAAUCGCGUUGUGUCGUUCGUGCGUACUCGACCAUGUAAAUGCCAUCGUGUGUGUCGUUGCGUCAAAGUUGCAAUUGUUAAUCCUCUGAUUAGGAUGUAAGAGCGUCGUACUGCAUAUAUUUAAUAUAGCGUGUAAAAGAUUAAUGAAUGAAAACAACUAGGAUUAACAAAAAAAAAAGGAAAUAAAAAACAGUAAAUGAAGGAUAAAUAUACUUAUACAUAUAUAUAUAUGUGUGUGUAUACAUAUAUAUAUGUAUGUAUGUAUGUAUAUGAGAUAUGUUUUAUACGCUGCAUGUCAUCUUUAGGAAACUAAUGUGAUCAUCGUAAUGUCUCGUUCUAAGGGUUGAGUUUACGAUUAAGCGAAUAUUUCAUUGCCAAUCUAAGGCAAUAAUGUUUGUACGUUCACGUUAUACUACCGACAAGCCUCAAAGGUUUCCCAUUUCUCGCUCAAAUGUCUUUCGUAUUAUAAUAUAUUUUGUAGAAUUAUAUGAUCGAAAAUAAGCUCUCAAAAAGCUCUGAAAUGAUCUAGAACGAAGUACAAAUAUAUUAUCUACGUAUGAAUUCAAUUAACUAACAUUGAAUGAUGCGUCGACAUGAUGAAGAUAUAAUUAUUGUUUCAAUUAACAGAGAAGACAUUGUACUAUAUAUUUAUCAAUAAUGAAGAGAAUACAAACCUGCAGAAGUCUGUCGGUACUUCGAAUCGGUCGUGUGUGUAACUGGAAUCGAUACGGGAUAAUUCGCGAAACCGCCUGAAUUUUGAUGAAACAAAAAGAAGAAAAAUUAUAGACGGUCGUCUUGAACCGUUUUAUCCUAAUAAUCGCAAACAUCACACCGUUCAAUCAUGUUGUAACGAUAUUAAUGAAACAAAAAUGAGAAGCAUCAUGAAUAUAAUAGAAGUCGAGUGAUCGAGCAAGUGUUUGGCUGUGCAGUAGUAUAGGAAGAAAAUGAAAAAAAAAUGAAUAUGAAAAAGCGUAAUAGAAACAAUGAGUGAGAUAUAGAAAAAAAGAAAAUUAGAAGAAAGCGAGAAAGAGAGAGAGAGAGAGAGAGAGAGAGAGAGAGAGAGUGAGGAUGCGAAAGUAAGAGAAUAAGAUUCAGAUGUUAUUCGAAGAUCAGUGAAAGUAUUCCUAUAUCUGUUUGCCCAAUCGUCAUUCUUAUUCUCAGGAACGCGUUUUUAUGUCCUUGAAAGGACUUCGCCGUCACGCGAUACAGGAUCAUCGUGUCUGUCGAGAAUGUCCAUAGGGAAAAGGGUUAAACGGGAAAGAAAAUAAAUUGUAUGAAACAGAAUGGUCUACACGUGUCGGCCUACACGUGCCUCCCGAAAAAUUCCCGAUUUAUAAUUGUCGAUGGAAAAUCGACUUUAUCGAGAGGACGUCAUUCAAACAGAUCCGCGUACGAAUACUGUAGCUGAUUAUAUUGACACUUUGCUGCUUUGAUGAGCUGCAGUCUACCAUGUAUAUAUUUUCAUUAAUGUAUGUAUAAUAAAAUAUAUUCGAGAUAAUA